AUGCCUCGCCAGAGUGGAAAAGAUAAUUUAUUGAAUGCGUUAUGCUUUAAGAGUUUGAUGGACGUAAUAGUUCAAGAUUCGAGCAGUGAAGAUGAGGAUGAUGAUGUCCUCAUUGACUUCACUCUUACCUCAGCACUUGUGUUAUCAUCGCGAAGAAGUUGCCAUUUUAAUGUCCCAAAAUCCGUGCAAUGGCGAGAAAAUGUUCUUCCUAACUUCGAUGACAGCCGUAUGCGUCAAAUGCUGCGUGUUGAACCGAUCGAAUUCGAGCACAUUUUAACCUUAAUUAAAGAAGAUCCCGUCUUCAAGAAUAAAAAGUUGGUCCCGCAAUUGCCAGUUGAUUUGCAACUAAAGAUUACACUCUUCCGUCUGGGCUCCAGUGGAGACAAUGCAUCCCUCCGGAAGGUUGCAACUUUGUUUGGCGUUGGCGAUGCAGGAACGAUAAUAAAAGUCACACAACGAGUUGUUGCCUCUAUCGUAAACUUAAAAUCAAAGUUUUUAUUUUGUGUGCGACUAUUCCCUAAAAAUUCGACAAGCGACCAUUGGCUACAGAGGAAGUGUCCAUGA